UGCCAGUUUGUCUUCAGGUAUACGCCACGCUGACCUCUUCACACCUGGAACUAACCAUGCACUGUUCCCGAGGACUGCUGAUUCUGGGGCUAUCUCUUGUUCUUCUGACCGAGAUUCAAUGGACACUAGCGAAGCCGACCCAGUCAGUGGAUCAGGCCCUCGCCCACAUACCAAAACAUCCUUUCUCCGCCACGAUGUGCGCCGCCAUCUUGAAGUUUGACUGCAGUCAUCACAAAGUCACAGACGACGAGACAAUGUGUGGCACCGACCAAGUCACCUACCCCGACCACUGCGUGUUUGCCAAGGCCAGCUGCCAACCAUCAUCUACCAUUAAGUUGGAUUACGAAGGAGCGUGCGGCACGCAACCCCAAGACAGUCACAUGACCACCAUUCCUCCAAGCACCGUCACCUGGGGCCAUGACCCGGGAUAUGACCUGAUCAAAGACGUUUUCUGUGACAACAUCAACACCAUCAUCUGUGGGAAUCACGUAGACUCCGACAUUUGUGCCACGGACGGGAAGGUGUACACGAACCAGUGCCUCUUUGCCAAAGUGAAAUGUUUCAAGCCUGACCUGGAGCCGACCAACCCCGCGAAGUGUCACGAGAACGGCCUCCCCUUGAAGUCAACACCGAAGUCUGUUCUGAUUGGAUAAAUUCACACCCCAUGUGACGCCUGAAGUGUUUCAAUGUUUCUGGUGCCAUGAUAAACCUGUAAUUAAACAAUACUGACACUAGUUUCCGUUCUGUAAAUAUUCUCGUGACAUUAAAAACCAUUACCAAA